AUGCUUCACGAUAUUAUUAGUAUUAUCAAGCAAAACCGCAGUAACAAAAUUAAGAUCCAGAUCAUACAAACAAUUUCCAUCCUCAUUCAGAACAUCAAAAACCGCACAUCUUUAUUUUUCAUCUUGUCAAACAACCACAUCAACGAUUUGAUCACUACACCCUUGGAUUUCAUGGAUGAAGAUGUCGUGUCUCAGUAUAUUUCGUUUUUGAAGCUUCUGUCCAUGAAUCUCACUCCAGAUACUGUACAAUUCUUCUAUAAUUAUACGCAAUCUGCCGAUCCAUUCCCCUUAUUCUCUAUCUGCAGCAAGUUCUAUGACAAUCCCGAGCCCAUGGUUCGCAUUGCCAUUCGAACCAUCACAUUGAAUUGUUUGAAAGGUACCCCCUUUAAAAUGUUCCCAGCUCAUCCUCCUAGUGAACGACAAGAACAUCGUGAAGUACAUGGGCCAGCCGAGCACACUGAAGUACUUCAAGAAGCUGGUCUACUACGUGAUUUCGUUAGUUGUAACCAUGAACAGCAUGGUGGAAUCGAACAGCUUUGCUCGUGUUGGAGAGAUGACCAACAACAUCAUCGACCAGCUUUUAUUCCUGCAGGACGUGCUCAAUAUUCAGGUGCCUUGCGUGAACGAGUAUUUGAAGGACGUGCUGGUGAAGGAGUUCUUUAUUCGCUACUGCUACGAAGUGAUUCAGCACGAAACGAGCACGGUGGAAAGAGGGGGAGAGGGAUGAGGCGUAGCCGUUGA